CUGAACCGGAUCUUUCAAAUGAACCGAAUGGCAGGAAUGAGUUGGAGUUGGCGCCGCACACGAUGCCAAUGCCAUGGAAACGCGACGCUUUUCCUGAGCUGUCCAUGUUAUGGGUGAACUUGAGAAAAUAACAGUUUGUUAGCGGUAACAACGGGACACAACAUGCCUCACAAAGCGGUUAAAGUGAUCGUUGAGCUCCACCUGAGGGCGAUUACCUGUCCAGGGGUUCAUCUGCCCGCUAAAGAUGAUGUUUACCUCAGUGUGAGUCUGAUGAAUCGGUACAGAAAGUCUGAAUGUCUUCCUGCAGUGUUUCCGAUACUGAUUCGCGAGAAAAUCCGCUUCGAAAAGUGUUUUAUAAACUCUUUUUUGUAGAUACUGAAUUAUGCCACUGAUCCUGAAGCCAUAGCUGAAUUUCUUCAAUAUGAAGCAGUGAAAAUUGAACUCAUUCAGUUGAUUCCUCCAGCUGGAGAAAUACUGGCUAGUUUUGAAGAAGAUGCUAGAAGUUUUCUUUUCCCAGAGCCCAAGCUGGUCCCGUCUUUCUCUGGAGUGGAAAGAGAGGUGUUGAUGACUCGACAUCCCACUUUCCCUGGUAUCUCUCCAAGAUUAGAGUUCUCCACGAAGACAACAAUCAGUGAAAUCUCCAGCGACAAUGGCUUCCUAACUCUUCCUGUGAGGAGAAUGAGGAGGAAAACCUCUAGAAAGUCCCGAAAACAGAGCAGCAGCUCAUCCCUUAGACAUCUCUCCUCUGCUCCAUGCAGUCAAAGAAGAAACCACAACACAGACCAGGAUCAGAGAUCUUCUGGUUAUUCACCCGUCUCUGCCAGAAAGCCCAGAUUUAGAAGUCUGUCACCACAUCGAUCAAAACCAUUGAUAGAUGCAGGAGACCUGAGAAGAAGCUAUUCCAGAUCUUGGAUGGCUGACGAGGACUCUUCAGACACAGACGAUCUCCUUGACAUCGCUGAUGAAGUGAACCGUUAUCAUUCCCUCAUGGGACAUGAAGGAUCUUCCAUCCCGAGUCCCUCCAGUGUGGAGCACCAGAGGCAAAACGGUUCUCCUGAUCUGUGGGAGGAGGUUCAGAAACGGGUUCAGAGUCUUUUAACAUCUCCCAAAGCAGUUCACAGGCUAGCCUGUGGUGCCACUGACUCUGAGAUUGACGAGGUACUGAUACGACGAUCUGUUCUGGACAAUUCAUGCCCACUCUAAUCAACCAUGUGUGCUAAAAACAAACGAUGAAAAGGAGGACAACGUGAUUUCCUGUGGCUUUGCAUCAUUUUCCAUUCAGUUAUGAGUGUUUAGAUUGAAGCUUUGACAAGUAGUGUAUUAAUACCUGUUUCAGCUCUUUAACUGUUAGUAGAGUCUUGAAGUGUGUGUGUGUGUGCAUGCAUAAACAGACUUCUAAAAUGCUAUGUUUGCUCAAUAUAACCAUCACAAACCACAAAUUUGUCUCUCUUUUGUAACUGGGGUGCAGCAGUGGUGCUGGAGGUGCGAGUCUGAUCUGCAUCAUGUCAUUCCUGUAUAAUUAAGGCAAAAAUCCAUGAAUAAAAUACAGAAACAAAAGGAGGAACCACCUU